GAGAGAAAGAAUGAGUGAGUGAGGGAACUGAUCAGUGUCUUCGAACUUCGAAGCUGUAAAUUUUUUAUUUUUUUUCCUCCUCUUCUGCUUCUUCUUCUUCUUCUUCUUCUGGAUUCUAGCAUUAUGCUUUAGCCUUCCUUUUUCAUUGAAAGUAAAAGGAAAAUGGAUGAUGAUGAUGGGUACAGACGGAAGGCGAAGAUCGCAGUGGUGGCUAUGGUGGUUCUGGCUUCUAUAGCAGUCUUUGCUCUCUUUGUUGCAUUUGCUUACUACUGCUACAUUCGCCGCAAGGUCUCCAUGCGCCGCCAGGCCCAAAAAGCUGAAGAUGCUAACCUUUAUGAGAAAAGUGACUUUGCAAAUUUGCAAGUUGUUGCUGAGAAGGGACUUAAGGUAUUCACAUUCAAGCAGCUACAUUCUGCAACAGGUGGCUUUAGCAAGUCCAAUGUGAUUGGCCAUGGUGGUUUUGGCCUUGUUUACCGCGGAGUGCUUAGUGAUGGCAGGAAAGCCGCCAUUAAAUUCAUGGAUCAGGCUGGAAAGCAGGGGGAAGAAGAAUUUAAAGUAGAGGUGGAGUUGCUUAGCCGGUUGCAUUCUCCAUAUUUGCUGGCAUUGCUCGGCUACUGCUCUGAUAAUAAUCAUAAACUUCUGGUAUAUGAGUUCAUGGCGAAUGGUGGUCUGCAGGAACAUCUUUAUCCUGUCAGCAAUUCUAAUGUUAUGCCUGUGCAAUUGGAUUGGGAAACUCGAUUAAGCAUAGCACUUGAAGCUGCUAAGGGCUUGGAAUAUCUUCAUGAACAUGUCAGUCCCCCAGUGAUUCACAGAGAUUUCAAGAGCAGCAAUAUCCUCUUGGACAAAAAAUUCCAUGCAAAAGUUUCUGAUUUUGGAUUGGCCAAGCUUGGACCUGAUAGAGCCGGUGGACAUGUUUCAACUCGUGUUUUAGGCACCCAAGGAUAUGUUGCUCCUGAAUAUGCACUAACAGGGCAUUUAACAACAAAAUCAGAUGUGUACAGUUAUGGUGUUGUACUUUUGGAGCUGCUUACUGGCCGCGUGCCUGUCGAUAUGAAGAGACCUCCAGGAGAAGGCGUUCUUGUUUCUUGGGCUUUACCCCUUUUAACCGAUAGAGAAAAGGUUGUGAAGAUUAUGGAUCCUGCAUUGGAAGGACAGUACUCAAUGAAAGAAGUGAUCCAGGUAGCAGCAAUUGCUGCAAUGUGUGUGCAACCGGAAGCAGAUUACCGGCCGCUGAUGGCGGAUGUGGUGCAGUCAUUGGUUCCUCUGGUUAAGACUCAGAGGUCCACCUCAAGGGUAGGUACGUGCUCUAGUUUCCAUUCUCCUAAGUUGUCCCCUGGCUCAAUAUCCAGUUAAUGCAAAUAUGUAAUGUAAUGUAACCAAAAUUUUAGAUGAAGUUAUUAUAACUACAUGCUUAACAAGCCUAGAUAGAUUUGUGUAUGCAUGGUAUUGUGUAACUUUGUAUUAACCUAAGGAUAACUUUUGAAGAAAGAAAGAAUGUGGCUCUAAUGUUUAAUUUAAUGG